GCUUCUUUCAACAGCAGCAAUGGUUAGUCAGACACCUCGUUAGCUUGCUAGCCAAAAUAGCCGAACCAAUAAAGCUCUUUAGACGCUUUCGUGUAUGUUAGCCACUGUGUUUUAAAACCUCUUCUGUCGUCUAGUUAGUUAUCCGAUUUCAUUUCAUAUUUACGGUGUUGUUGUUAUUAGUCAGCUAGUGGGCUGGUUAAGUUAGCAUUAGCCUAGCUAGCUAGCAUUCCCGACCAUGAGCUCACUUAGCUACUCUCCUCCUGCUAUAGAAGAUGGGGUCUGCUGGACGGAGAAAGAGGGUCUAUGGCUGAACGUUGUUGUUAAAGAGGAGGAAGAGGAUGUCAAAAUACAAAAACAAUUAGAGGGUGAGGCUGUUACAGUGAAAGAAGAAGAGAAAGACGUUACAGUGAAAGAAGAGGAAGACGCGUUCAGAGUGAAAGAGGAGGAGGAUGUUACAGUAAAAGAAGAGGAGGAGGUGGAAGAGAAAGAGGAUGAUGCUGUUUUUGGAGUUAAGGAGGAGGAGGGGGAGAUGACUGUCACAUUGGAGGAAGAAGAUGAAGAGGAGGAAACUGGAUAUCUGGGCUCGGUUUCCCAAAGGCAUGUUAAGGCAUCUUAUGGUUCUAACGAUGAACAGGCCUUGGUUAACACUAGAGAAAGACGUGACUAUCGUGGAUCUUCUGGGGAGCCUCAACAGCAUCAUGAUGCUGACACGUCAGAGAAGAGUCUCUCCAGAUCAGAACUCCUCAAGAAACACCAGCAGAGACCCAGAGGGAAGAAAUCUCACUGCUGCUCUGACUGUGGGAAACAUUUCAAAUUUUCAUCUGAACUUAAAAUACACCAGAGAACACACACAGGAGAGAAACCUUAUAGCUGUACUCAAUGUGAGAAGAGUUUUACUCAGUCAAGCAGCCUGAUAGUGCACCAGAGAACACACACAGGCCAGAAAAGUUAUAGCUGUACUCAAUGUGGGAAGAGUUUUACUUCAUCUGGCUAUCUGAAGAUACACCAGAGAGCACACACAGGAGAGAAACCAUUUAGUUGUACUCAAUGUGGGAAGAGUUUUACUACAUCUGGAUAUCUGAAGAUACAUCUGAUAACACACACAGGAGAGAAAUCUUAUAGCUGUAAUCAAUGUGGGAAGAGUUUUACUCAGUCAAAGGGCCUGGUAGUACAUCGGAGAACACACACAGGAGAGAAACGAUAUAGCUGUGCUCAAUGUGGGAAGAGUUUUACUCAAUCAGGCAACCUGAAAGCACACCAGAGAACACACACUGGAGAGAAACCUUUUAGCUGUGAUCAAUGUGGGAAGAGUUUUAUCAUAUCUGGUGAUCUGAAGGUACACCAGAGAGCACACACAGGAGAAAAACCAUAUAGCUGUAAUCAAUGUGGGAAGAGUUUUGCUACGUCUCGCUAUCUGAAGAUACACCAGAGAACACACACGGGAGAGAAACCAUAUAGCUGUAAUCGAUGUGGGAAGAGUUUUGCUGCUUCUAGCUAUCUGAAGAUACACCAGAGAACACACACACAGGAGAUAAAUGAUGUCUCUGUGCUCAAUGUGGGAAGCGUUUUACUCAAACAGCCUGAUAGCGCACCAGAGAACACACACAGGUGAGAAAUCGCAUAGCUGCGAUCAAUGUGACAAGAUACUCUGAUUUAAGAUCUCUGAUCAAACAUCAGAAAAUACAUACAUGAAGGAGUUGUUUCAUGAUAUCAAUGAAAUAAUAUCACAAUGUAGAUUGUUUUAACAUUGUAGAAGUAUUUUAAUGAAUGUUACAAUGUAGAACCCUAAAUGUUUGCCCCUUCAAUUGAUUUCUGCAUGACUCAGGGGAAAAAUCCAGGCUCUGAAUUGAAAGAGUACUAUUCAUGAGAUUUAACAAAAAACAGCUCUAUUACACUUACCGCGUUGGCGACCCACUUUAAUCCCACUUUAAAAAUGUAUCUGGCUGUUUUCUACAAAUUGUCCUCUAACCAGUGAUGUACACAUUAUUCCCAGUUUCCGUGUGGUUUUUGAGCAGUUAGUUUUAACAGGACGUGCAACCUCAUCUCCCUCCUCUCGCACAAUUGAUAUCUACAUGAUUUCGAUGAGUGAUGACAAAUAAGUCUUGCGUUCCUUUGUUUAGUGACCCCUAAAUUUAAAUGCAUCACUCCAGAAUGUAGCUGACUGUAUUCUGCAGGUUGUCCUCUAAUCAGUGAGGUGAAAGAUAUCUCCCAUUUCCAUGUGUUUUUUGUUUUGUUGUGUUAGUUUCAAGAGCAGGUUCAACCUGAUUUUCCCCCAAAUCAAUAUGCGUUGCCAUGGAUCAUAAUUUAUUUUGACUGCACGUUUUUGUAUUGUAGAUGAGUUUUGUUUGGGCUCGUUCUAAGGGACGAGAGUUCUAGAAGCUAGUGAGUUUUAGGAUUCUAUAGAAAGAAAAAGAAAAGAUACAAUUGUAUAUUAUUAUUUAGAAAUACGUGUUUUUAAUUGUUGACAGCCAUGUUUAUAUAUGUAAAGCUGGAGCCUUGUAGUUGAUUAUAAUGUUAAAUGGAAGUUGUUUUCAGUUGGUGGUGAGCAAAGUUGUCCAACAAAAAUAUAGGAUGUAUUUGUUGUCUUAAGGGGGAAGGUGUUACAGGCUUUGGUUUUUCCAUUUAUGUUUUGAGGUUGGACUUUAGCAUGUAGGGCGCACUGAUUGGUGUCACCUCGUUAGUCAGUAUGUAUUACACCUGUGCUGGCUUGUCCAUCUUGUUAGUGGGAAGGUGGUUCACCUGAGCUGCUCAGGUUCUAUUUUAGAGUGUCUGGCCCAGUUCUCCAGUUGUCUUGAUAGAUGUGGAGAGUCAAUACCUUUAGUUGCUCCACCUUUUUGUUUUGCUUCCAAUCUGUAAGUUUGGUGUGGGUUUUUCUUUUGCUUGCCUCUUCUUGGGCAGAUUUAGUGGGUCUCAUGGUGGGUGUGUGUUAGGUCCCAGUUGUUGUUACUAGUCAACUUUCAGUGGACACCCCCAUAGUGUCUUUCAGAGCCCCUCCUAAAACCCCACCUGUUUAGUUUUGGUUGUUGUCAGUGACUAUUUGCUAGUUCUGUCUUCUGUUUAAGGAACAUUUCUGGUUUUCUUGCUGGGGAACGGAACAACAAUGUAGUAAAACAAGCUUCUAUUUUGGGUUGGAUAUUGCAUCCAAUUCUUACUAUUUUAAUCGAUGGCAUUUAGGAUGCUCAUUAGUCUUUCAGUUGUUAAUCUUGUUUUUUAUCCUCUUAUGUUUGUGGUAUGUUUUUCCUGUGAAGCCAUUGUGUUGCAUCCAUGUCUGAAAUGUGCUGUAUAAAUAAAGCUUGUUUUGAUUUUAACAUAUUGUGAAACAAAUGAACCCAUCAACAGACUCCUGCUAAA